UCAAGGAAACAGAUUUUUGUGGUCAUGGUUUUCUUUGAAAAUAUUGUAUUAAUAUGUUUCCUUUAAAUUAUCGAAUAUGGAUUGCAGAUGUAUCAUUGGAUUAGUGAAAUUUCUUCUGGUAGUAUGAAGUAGAAUUCUCACAUCUCACAUCUGUUUUAUUUUACACAAACAUGCUAAAUUUGGUUUAUUAAGAUGCUUGUGCAGUUUGUGGGAUUCGGCUUAUAUUCAUUUUUAUAAUUUAUUGUUUUGCCCCAAAGUUCCCUCUCUCGGGAGCUAAGAGCAACUCUUCUAGGUUAUGGAUGGAAAGGUCUGUAGGUCAGAUUAUAACGAAGCAAUGGGCAUGAAGAGCUUUAGUUAUAGAAGGUGGGAGUGUGGUUCUUCCAAUCUUAAGCUAGAUCUCUAAUGUGCACUCUUAAUGUCUUUUAAGAGAUAUGCAGUCAUAUAUGCUAUUUUGUGGGAGACUGGAGUAUAUAGAACUUAGAUGCGGCUUUGCUUUAAAAGAACUAGUGAAAAUGGGCAUUUAUAUGGCAUGAAAAAAAAUGAAGCAACUCAAAUGUGGCUAUUAAUUUGGUUGUGCCCUACAAAGCACAAAAAGAAGACCAAAAUAUCUUUACUCUUUCCUUGUGUAAUCAUUCAUGGCACAAAUGAGAAGAUUGAAAUAUUUUUACUGUCCUUAAAUGUAAGUUUGUGCUAGUCCCUGUCUAAUGGGGAUAACGAUGAUUAUCGUAGUCCAAAAUUCAGUUAUCACCUCAUGGUUUAAGGUAACUUAUGGUUCAUGCAGGGAUUGGUGGAGCACCAUAAAGAAAUAGCAGAGUACUUCAAUCGUAAGGGCGUUUCUGCAAUAUUUCUCUUCCGAAGAAAUUUAUUGCGUCGGAUGGUUUCAAUGCUUGCAAAUUCCUAUGAUCGAUAUGCUAAGCAAUUGAAUGGAACUCACAAGUCACAUGUACAUACGCACGAAGAGGCUAAUAUACUCUCAGAGUACAAGCCUUUGAUAAACUCCAGCUCAUUGAUUAAGGAUCUGAAGGAUAUGGAGGUCACAACAGCCCAAGUUUUGGAAUACUUCAACAGCACUCGGCAUAUCAUUCUGUACUAUGAGGAUCUUAUGAUGAACCGCACUAAACUAAAAGAUGUUCAGGAGUUUCUAAAGCUUCCACUGAAGGAAUUGACAAGCCGUCAAAUUCGAAUACACAAAGGGCCAUUGUCGGAUCACAUCAAGAACUGGGAGGAUGUUAACAGGACACUUACUGGAACAGCUUAUGAGAGUUUUCUCUCCUCAGACUAUUAAACAAGGUCCUCCGCCGCUAACUCUUUAACUUAUUCUUACCCAAAUACGAAGCUGACAGGAUACUGGCCCUGGUUGGAAAUUUUUGUUUUUUUUGUUUUUUGUUUUUUUAAGGUUGUUUCUUCCCAAAGCAUCAAUCAAUCCACCGUUGAUGGUCAUGAGCCUAUACCAUUUCCUUCAUUUUCUUAUUGGUCAAAUAGAGGCCAUGUAUAUCUAAGAUAAUCAAUGUGAAUGAUCAGCAAUUGUUUAGUGCAAAUAGCUCUGAAUUUUCAGGUU